AUUUUCAAGGGCAGAGCCAAUUGGCAUUGUCGUAGCUUUUCUCCUCGACACUGGUUCUAACAUGGCAACAUGACUGGAAGACUCGCUCCGGAUCCCUCUGUGCUAUGCAAGACAUUGCCUUUGCCACUCUUCUGUCGCUUAUAAUAGUCUGCCGCUGAAGGUCUUUCUUGAGCGUUCUCAAACAUCGGCAUGAGGGCCACUCUGCCCGUCUCUGAGCAGUUUUGGAGAGAUCAUUGGCUUUGGUUGAAAGAACGAGGGUAUACUUUGCGGCCACGGUAUGGGCCUGAUUGGGUUCCAAGUUGGGAGCGUGACAAGCGGAAACGCCAAUGUAACUGUGAAGACGAUGUGGUGCCUUCAUCCCAGCAUAUUCUUGAUGCACGAAAUUCAAAGGGCGAUCUUGUCGCGUUGAAACGCAUUAAUUUGGCGACUCAUCCGUCCGAGGGUGUGAUCGCACGAUAUUUCUCUUCCAACAAUCGCAAGGACAAUCAGAACAACCAUUGUGUUCCGUUGUUGGAUGUUUUACAUGUACCGGAAGAUGACAAACAGGACGAUACGCCGAUCAUCCUAGUGAUGCCGUUCUUACGAUCGUACAAAGAUCCGAAUUUUGUGACUGUCGGGGAAGCUGUCGACUUUCUGCGUCAGGUUAUCCAGGGUCUACAUUAUAUGCAUCACAAUCGUGUAGCCCAUCGACAUGUUGUAUCAAAGAACUUUAUGAUGGAUCCCAAACCGCUCUACCUCGACAUGUUCCACCCGAUGGAUCCCUCAAAAACGUACGAUUUCACACAUCAGGUUAAACACCGUUCACGUACUGCACAUCCAACCAAGUACUAUAUCGUGGACCUUGGGGAUGCUCGUGAAUAUUCUGCCAACUCGGACAAGCUAUGCGAGACCGCCCUCCCGAGGGAGAAGUCAUCUGCCCCAGAGCACCACGUUCCUGAGCAAACCCCAUACGAUCCCUUUGCUACGGAUGUCUAUGAUCUCGGAGAUAUGUUCCGUUCGGAUUUCCUAGAUCAAUCAAGUAGUUUCGAGUUCUUGCGGCCUUUGAUAUCUGACAUGACAAAAGCAAAUGCUUCAGAGCGCCCUGUCAUGAGCGAAGUCGAUAGACGUUUCGAAAUCUUACAACGGCAUCUCUCAGCGGACGAACUUCGAUCAAGAGUCACAAGAAGAAACGAAUCGAUAUUUAGCUCCGUGUGCAGAGGUAUUCGGCAUCUUUAUCGAAGGAUGAAGUUGGCAGGACUGCAACCUGUGCCCACACUUCCUGCACCCUCUUCUCAGAUUCGCAAUGGUUUCAGACCAGAUCAUUCGGACUCCCUUCCGUCGUCGCCGACUUAGAUUUCUCCUGCCACAGAUUAUUUUCCUGUUUGAUACCCACACCAUAGAGUUCUAGUUAUGGAUUCGUUCCAAGAUUUGCAAGAUUUCCAUGUUUGGUGUUAUCGAAAUGAUUGCUCAUGAUAAACA